GAUAUCUAUGUUUCUCUGUAUCUUGUGAUUAUAUUUUACCUAUAUCCUGUGAACAAAUAUUAGCUGUAUAAUCCAUAUAAUCAAUAAUGCUACAACAGUUACUUUUAGUUAGAAUGAUGUAUAAUCUUUUUGACUCAGACGCAGGGUCAGGCCCAGAGCACGACCACAGAAAGAGCAGGUGUCAACCUGAAUGUCAAUCUGACCCAAAAUACAAUUCGGAGAAAAGUGUGUGAUGGAAAUUCAUCUUGAGAUUUGAAAUAAUGAAAGCACGGAUGCUCAGAAAAGAGAGAGGACGUGCCAGAACUAAUACAAUAAGGUGCUUCAUGAAAUAUGGUGAGAAAAAGAUAUGAAAUCCUCCGGAAAAGUAUUAUCUGCUGGGUCUCUCCACUGUGGCAGGCUCCCUGUUUGCCAAGGCCACAGUGGUGGGACACCUGGUCAGUUGAAAGUGAUGUGCUUGCAAAAAACUGCACUUUGAGGAAACAGUAUACAUCUGGCCAAUAACUGGCCAGAUGAAUUCCCUCAAAGAAAAAGAACCGCCUCUGUGCCCACCCUGUGUCUGAUUAUAUAUACUGUGGACUUAGGAUUGAACGGGGCUUCUUCUCGACAUGAUCCACUGAACCUGGUGACGUGUCCGGCAGAACCCCAGAGACUCUCUGUAAGUAUUUCAGUGAAUACAAUAAAUGUUCAAUUUCCAGAACUUCAUGUAUAAGUGUCUAAUUAUUCCUUCUCAAAUCCUGGAUCAACAAACACGCUUGUCCAAUCGCCGGAGGCGAGUUCAAGUUUAAAAGCCUGGCGACGACAAAAUUGGUGACCCCGACGUGAUCCAGUGAAGGAAAAAAGGACAGAUCGUAUUGACGAUAAGAGGACAUCUCGAGGAUCUCGUUGUUCACAGUGAAAGACCGGUCAACAUAAAACAGUCUCUCUACAGGCAAUAACAGACUCCUCCCAGACCCCACAGGUGACGUCGGAUCUCCCGGAUCCCACGACUCUGCUGCCAGGAUCGUGGGUCCUCAUAAGAGCAUUCAAGAGAAAGUGGGACGGCCCUCGUUGGACUGGUCCACAUCUGAUCACCGACCGCUCCUCACACACUCUGAAAGUGCAGGGACGAACCGUCUGGUUCCACUUGAACCACUGUGUGGCCACCAACGCCCCGCCUCCAGGAGACGUCCCGGACACUGACAACAUCACUCCAACAGAGGGCGCUCCAGUUCCCCAAGCAAGCACACAGACCUUGGGGGACACAGAAACUGAUACAGCCUGAAGUGCUAGUAACCUCUCAGAGCUACACCACACCCCCUCUCACACACUGAUAAAGCGUUCCAGUUUCCCAAGUACGCACACAGACCUUGGGACACACUAUAACUGAUACAGCCUGAAGUGCUAGUAACCUCUCAGAGCUACACCACACCUCCUCUCAUACACUGAUAAAGAUCUUCUCGGCGGGACCUGUGAACCGACGCCGGAGUUUUAACUUUGAUUUCCUAUUUUACUAUUCAUUUUAAUCAUUUAACAGAGUCCACAGUAUUAGUUUUAUUUUUACCUUUUGUGUUAAAUUUUUCUAUUCAUUUUAAAUCAUUUAACAGAAUCGAUAGUGUUAAGUUUAAUUUUGUUUCUUCUGUUUAAUUUUCUCUGCAUGUGUUUUAAUAAAAUAUAAGGAAAAAUGGAACCAAGACAAAGACCUUGGCAUCCUUUCAGACACCCUGGGUUAUGUGGGUUUAGGGGGACAGUACUGUUUUUGACCAUUAUCACUUUAGUGAUUGUAUUUCCUCUGCUAUGGUUCGAAAAGAAACUAAACUCAAGCUCCACCACGUCCCCCACGACUCCAACUGCCGCCUCUCAUAUCACCCCCACCACCCCUUUCCUGACCAAUCCUACUCGGCAAUAUCACAAACCAGAACAUCACUCUCGGAGCAAGCGCUCUGGCUCCACCGCACCAAAGGUAAAAACCUGUUCUAGACCCGGCACCACAUCUAAGAAUGAACCCAUAUGUCUUACGGUAGAAGGUAAUGCACGCAUCACAUUUCAAAUAGACGUGUGUCGGCAUUUCGAUUGUCCCACUUACAGAUACGCACAAUAUUAUGUAAAUCCAGUCUCAAUGAAAGGAUGGGAUUACACGGUCGCAUAUUCUGGCACAGACUGGGAGCCAAGGCCUUCGGCCUGGUUUUGUAAAAAAAUAAAAAACCUGGUGGGACUAGCUCGGGGAGUGAUCCAACCCCAAGAGGAGGGGGGAUCAUAUCUGUUACUUACAGUCGAUCUAACAAAACAAAACAUCUCCCAAAUCACACAACAAACUUGCUCAAGUUGGAAGUGUCGCGGGGAAAAGUACUCCUCCCUCUAUCUGUCCCUAACGGCUUACGUCAAAGGUUAUCCCUCAGUGGAACUCAUGAUAGAACAGACUUGGCCAGAUGCGUCCACUCCCUCUAACACGACCUCUUUCUCACCUUUCAUUGAACCCGUGCCCCAAGGAAGCGGUGUCCUGGCCUUCGUCACAGAUGAUCUGACCUAUGAUAACGUUCUUGGUUCAGAGACAGGGUAUCACAUGUCCAAUACUUGGCUGUUGCUAGCCCAGGAAGCUGCUAGAUCUUCCCCUUUUUCUGAUUGUGUUGUGUGUUCCGGCCCCCGACCUGUAUUGCAUAUGGUUCCCACACCAUUCGAAUAUACCAGUAUAGGUACCACAGAACAUGUAUCUGAAGGCACUCCUGACAUACACUGUCUAUUGAACAUAAUGGGGAAACAUGUUCCCUCACCCAGAUGCAAACAGUAUGACGACUGGUAUCCCAUGACCCCACAAAAUGCCACACCACCAUUCUUCAGUAAUCGACUAGACAAAGGGGUUAAUUUCACCUGUAUAACCCGCUCCAAGGAAAGCCACCCAGCACGUUUAAUGGGACACCUUAACCCUACUCACUGUCACACCAUGCUCAAUCUCACCAGCAACACCACAGCACUGUCUCUUACUGUGGCCCGCUCUGAUGUCUGGUGGUAUUGCGGAGGGAAGAAAGUGUUCGGCUGGCUUCCUCCGAAUUGGUUCGGCACAUGCGCGUUGGUUUCCUUUGUAUCACCAAUCUCUGUAAUUCAAGCAUCCAAUGAAGUUCAAGCCGCGUUAUCCCAAGCAGCCGACUUACACCCUAGGGCACGCAGAUCAGUUGAUGCUUUUUCCAGUAGUCCGGUGUAUAUGGAUGCUAUAGGAAUUCCCCGGGGGGUCCCAGAUGAGUAUAAACUGGCAGAUAACAUUGCAGCAGGAUUUGAGAGCAUGCCUAUCAUUAGUGCUAUGUUCCCAGUUACUCCCAUCAAAAAUGUCGACCGAAUCAACUAUCUCCACUAUAACAUCCAACGCUUGUCCAAUUUCACCAGAGACGCAGUAUCAGCGGUACACGAACAGCUGUCUGCCACCUCCUUGAUGUCAUUUCAAAAUCGUGUAGCAGUUGAUUUCCUUUUAGCAGAGAGAGGGGGUGUAUGUGCUAUGAUAGGUGCACAAUGUUGUACGUUCAUCCCUAACAACACGGCCCCAGACGGUACCUUAUCUAAAGCACUCCAUGGACUGCGUUCACUCUCUGUGGAAAUGAAGGAACACUCUGGCGUGAAACCAUGGGAUGAUUUUAUGUCUAACUUCUUUGGCAAAUGGUCUAAACUGGUCUCGGCCUUCAUACUAUCUGUCGCAGUGUUCAUAGCCCUGUUCGCCAUCUGCGGAUGUUGUUGUGUUCCCUGCAUUCGAGCCCUGUGCAUCCGUGUCAUAGACUCUGCGAUACAAAAGAAUGACACUGAACGUGCAUUACAACUGCCCCUGCUAGCUCACUCUGAGGAGAUGAGGGACUGCGUUUCUUAUGAUUUCUGCCCAGAUGGUGACAACUUACCAGAUAUUGACCAUGCCUUUGCUCUUGCGUUACAGACUGUCCCCUCAGUCGUUCUGACCCCUGCUUUCGGACUUCCCCAAUAAGUUGAUGCUCAAUUAUGAUUAGUCACAUAGCCCCAAAUGGUGAUGUAUGGACCCUUACAGGACACGGUUUUGACUUUCCCGACACAAUAUCUCUCACAGGAGCCCUAACAGUCGUUAGAACCCCUAAACUUAAUACUUCAUGCAAUAGCCCGAUGAAAUGCUGGGAGCCUUACCCUGAUUUUAGUGACAUGUGAUUAACACAUGUCAACAGAGGGAUUGUUGAGAUAUCUAUGUUUCUCUGUAUCUUGUGAUUAUAUUUUACCUAUAUCCUGUGAACAUAUAUUAGCUGUAUAAUCCAUAUAAUCAAUAAUGCUACAACAGUUACUUUUAGUUAGAAUGAUGUAUAAUCUUUUUGACUCAGACGCAGGGUCAGGCCCAGAGCACGACCACAGAAAGAGCAGGUGUCAACCUGAAUGUCAAUCUGACCCAAAAUACAAUUCGGAGAAAAGUGUGUGAUGGAAAUUCAUCUUGAGAUUUGAAAUAAUGAAAGCACGGAUGCUCAGAAAAGAGAGAGGACGUGCCAGAACUAAUACAAUAAGGUGCUUCAUGAAAUAUGGUGAGAAAAAGAUAUGAAAUCCUCCGGAAAAGUAUUAUCUGCUGGGUCUCUCCACUGUGGCAGGCUCCCUGUUUGCCAAGGCCACAGUGGUGGGACACCUGGUCAGUUGAAAGUGAUGUGCUUGCAAAAAACUGCACUUUGAGGAAACAGUAUACAUCUGGCCAAUAACUGGCCAGAUGAAUUCCCUCAAAGAAAAAGAACCGCCUCUGUGCCCACCCUGUGUCUGAUUAUAUAUACUGUGGACUUAGGAUUGAACGGGGCUUCUUCUCGACAUGAUCCACUGAACCUGGUGACGUGUCCGGCAGAACCCCAGAGACUCUCUGUAAGUAUUUCAGUGAAUACAAUAAAUGUUCAAUUUCCAGAA